AUGAUCUCCGAAGAGAAGAUGAAGACUUCUCACUCAUUGUCGUUCUCAUCACUCCCUGAAGAAAUCGCAGAGAACUGCCUUGCACGUAUCUCAAAAUAUAACUACCCUUUACUCUCGCUCGUCUCCAAGAGUUUCCACUCUUUGCUCUCUUCUCCCAAACUCUUCACGACUCGAUCUCACAUCGGAACCACAGAGACAUGCCUCUAUAUCUGCAUAAACAUGCCUAAUAACUCAUCUCCGCAGUGGUUUACUCUCUGGAUGAAACAUGAAGAAACCCUAACUAACAAAGAUGAUACUUUAAAAGACUUUUCCUUGAUUCCGCUACACUUUUUACCCCCUUCUCCAUUCGUACCACCACAUGAUUCCACCGUAGUCUUUGGUUCUGAAAUCUACGUAAUCGGUGGACUCACUGCUCCGUCUUCCUCUGUUCGGAUCCUUGAUUGUCGGAGUCACACGUGGCGUGACGCCCCUAGCAUGACGGUAGCUCGCCAGAACGCAAGAGCGGUUCUCCUCGAAAACGAAAUAUAUGUCAUGGGAGGUUGCGAAACUAACCGAUCUGACAAUACGUUCGAGGUUUUCGACAUAAAGACUCAGACUUGGAGCGUCUUGCCAAGUCCUAUCCUUGAUCAUAAUGAGCUUCAGAGGCAUAUUGCGGUAAAUGCUGUCCAAGGAAAGAUUUUCGUAGUGGUUGAGAAAACGGAAUACACUUACGAGCCGAAAAGUGGUACGUGGGAAGUGGUAGGAGAGGAAUCAUGUCAAAUCCAUGUUAUUUGUGUGAUAGAGAAUGUAAUGUACGGUUACCCUUACAUGGGGGAUUUAAUGUGGUAUGACUAUGAAGGUAGAAAGUGGAAAAAGAUCAAGGGUCUGGAAAAAUUGAGGGAGUAUCUUAAAAGUGGUUGGAGUAUGCCUAAAAUAGUUAACUAUGGUGGGAAAAUUGUAGUUAUGUGGUGGCGUAUGACUGAAAUUUGGUGCGUUCAGAUUGCGUUAGAGAAGCACGUCGGAGGUGAGAUUGGGGGUAAGAUCGAGUGGCUUAAUGCUGUAAUCAAGGUCCCCGGGUUGCAUUGCUGCUUGAAUUGUGUUGCAUCUGUUUCGAUUUGA